AUGGAAACCAGGACAGUGAUGCAGCGAGAGCAGGAGGAGCAGUCGUCCCAGAUGUCUCAAAGCAUCCAACUGUCCUCUCAGAAGAAGAAGACGACCUUCACUUCCAGGCUUUGUUUUAUUCCCCACCCAACGCUGCCUGGACACCACAGUGAUGAAGAAGCAUCCUACUCUGAUUUCUAUCCCAUCAUCCCUGCUGACCUGAUGUCUGUCAAAGAGAUCCUGAACAUGGACAACUUCCCCCGCCACAGGACAUGGGAAAUCCUCAAGGAAACUCUGGCUGCUGAUGAAGAAGAGUUUCACAGAGACAAGUGGACAUUGUUUGGAAACGAGGCUGAGAAACUGGAGCUAGAUGUGAUCAGGAACCAGCAUGUGUUACGCACACGCAUUGACAAAAUGGCCCUUCGCAAACAGGCUCAAGAGAAGGCAUCUUCCUACAUAAAGUACCUGGAGCUUCUCAGUCAGAAGGCUCCAGACUUUCCAAUCCCUCUCAGGGCUCACACUGUCUGGGAGGGCAUGACGGUCAAACUGUCCUGUACCAUCUGCGGCUCUCCACCCCCAAAGGUCACGUGGUAUAAAGAUGGUGUCCCAAUGAGAAUGUCUGACCAACCAUGGAAUUACACCCUUGAGCAGAAGUUUGGUCUCAACUCACUGGAGAUCAGAAGGUGCUCUCCUGAUGAUGCUGGCGAGUAUAAAGUGGUAGCAAAGAGUCCCCUGGGGGAAGCUAUGACCUUUGCAACACUUGUGGUGAACUCAUAUCAAGGAGCUCUGGCUGGUUCAGAGUACUCACGGACCCGCGCCUUGCAGGCCCAGUUUGGCACCUCCUUCCCCCCCACCUGGGUAAAGGAGGGCAGCAGCCUCACACUGCAGUGUACCUUCACCUCAGCUCUGCUCCCCUUCCAGCAGGAUGUCAGCUGGUUCAGGGAUGGCAUACAGCUGCUUCAGUCCAGCACUGUGGACAUUAAGACGGCCGACAACCAAGCCAGCAUCACUUUAAAGGUUGCACACAAGGAGCAUGAGGGUGUUUACACAGCUCAGCUGAAAACCUUGGAUGGAAUCCAGGAACACAGUGCUUUUGUUUAUGUCACAGGUGAGGCCAAACAUAAAGUGCCUGCCUUUAAAUUUUUACCCCUAUUCAUACACUUCAUCAACACAUGA